GUACGGAGCCGCAUUUUCCGAGUGGUCUCGAUAUAUGAGAAUAAUCCAUAUCUUGCCCUACACAUCGAACUUUAUGCUAUAAAAAUUGACGUGUACUUCUCACAUGACUCGGAUGGGUUUGAGUAGCAGGCAUCGUCCUAAUCAAGCACAGGCACUCGAUCCUCGUCGUCUGUCAAUGAAACCAGCCGAGAGUUUGAAACAGCCAAACGUUGGCGUCAGGUUGAGUUCUGUUACUCAUCGCGCCUAUAUCACAGGUUAAUAGCCACUAAACAGAUAGAGAAUCGCGUCCACCCGCCAAAGUACUGUGCCUCGUUUGUUACAUGAAGGAUUCUCGAUCGUCGUUGGAAAACAGACGGCUCCGCCCAAUCAAUAUUGGCUAGAAUCAGCACCUCGCAUCAGGCUCCCGAGAGCCGCCCAAGGAGAGACCAGACAAGGAGACAGCUGCGUUCUCCACACUCUCAUCAAGGGCUUGCGCCACCAACCCUUUGCUUUACUUUGCUUUGUUUUGCUUUGCUUUGCUUUCCUUCCUUUCUGCUCUGCUCUGCUCUGCUGUUCUUAUCACGAUAUCAAAUAACAGCUGUAAGCGUCCAUAUCUGUGAAUCGGUCUCGAGCUGUCCUGUACAACUUGCACGCCCAGCGAUCCCGUCCGAGACCCUCCUCACGAGCCGGAUCGGCAGCUCAGUACCACUGUCGUCAUCCUUUUAUUGAGCUCAUCUUCGAUCCAAUCUCCCUCGCCUCCUUCCAACAAAGCCUGCAAAAAUGGUCCUAGAAAUACCAAGGAGGCGGUUUAUGCGCUCCGUGAAUAGCAAAUAUAUCUACGGAAGAGUGCCACUCGUACACACCGUUAUCUUCCUGAUAGAACUCGCCAUGGUUGCGAGACUGAUAGCCAAGUUCAACAGCUACUAUGCAGACCGUCCAGUGCUCACGAUGAUGAUCACGAACGCGGUACUGGGGGGUAUAGCAGAUACCGUAGCACAGUCGAUCACCGCAAUCCGACUCUCAGCUCUGCGGAAGCCAGGAGGAAUAACGAAGGAUGACACUGUUGCUAUCGAGAUCCACGAGCUGGACAGGAAGAAUCCCCUGACGGACCAAGAGCUCAUUCCCAACAUCAAACACCUACCGCCACCAUUUGAUUUCGAGCGUUUGACGAGAUUCAUGGCAUACGGCUUUAUGAUGGCUCCUGUGCAGUUCAAGUGGUUCCAAUUCUUAUCCAGAGCUUUUCCGAUCACGAAGACAAGUGCAUUAGGCCCGGCAGUCAAGAUGGUUGCGUUCGAUCAACUUAUUUUUGCGCCUGUUGGUAUCGCGACUUUCUUCACUGUGAUGACAAUUGCAGAAGGCGGAGGGCGCCGAGCAGUAUCACACAAGCUACGUGAUAUGUAUCUGCCAACCUUGAAGGCAAACUUCAUGGUCUGGCCCGCUGUACAAAUCAUCAACUUCCGCAUCAUGCCAAUCCAGUUCCAGCUACCAUUUGUAUCCACAGUUGGUAUUGCAUGGACAGCUUAUCUCUCUCUAUCCAAUGCUGCUGAAGAAGCACUGGAUGCUCGGUCAGCACCUCAAUCGCCCAAUAUCCGUUUGCUUUGAUUGAUUUCGGUUCAGGUCAGGGCGAGUAUAGAGGACAACGAGGCAUUUGGGAAACGGCGUUACAGAUGAAACACUGAACAUGGCUUGGGAAUGCCAAACAGGUUUGGCAUACCUAAGAUGGACAUUCGGGAGUAACAAGGAUUUUAUGACCCCAGCAUCAGGCUAUGAGGGCCUGAGGAGUUGGGAAGCGAAUUGGGUUGUUUUGACCAGUAUGGAAUAUUGCCAGGCGUUUGAAGUGAAAAAUUUGCUUUAAAACUGCAAUAUCAACAGUUUCAAGAACAGAAGUAAAUAAAUACCUCGUUGUCUUGAAGUUUCUUCAGCCAGGACAGCUCAUCGAUUUCAUUGGAUGAUCCCAGGUGGUGCUUGUCGUCGGAAGAGCCACUCACCCCACCAAGAUUCGAUAGAGGGGCAGCAGCCCACCCCUUCUUGCUUUUUGUCACAUCCCCCCUCA